AUGGCUAAAAGAGAUGACCGCAUACAGCGAGCGAUAUAUAACGAGAAAAGUUGUUGUGAUGUACAACUGCUUCAAAUGAUCGUUUAUUUCUUCAAUUUUCUCUUUUAUAUCAAUUCCAUGGCAUUUAUUGGACUAGCUAUGUGGACUUAUACUAUGAAAUAUACAAUGAUUGGUUCGUUAUUGUAUAGCAACAGUAUUCUGUUCUGGUAUUAA